CGACAGCUGCAUACAAACGCUCUGAGCACAGAGAGAGGAGGGUGAAAACCUUAAAUAUAGACUUUUGUUUUAUGAGAUGACAUUUCAUGAUAACAAAGCCGGCGGAAUUGUGAAAGGUUGAGCUUGACAGUGCUGGUAAACCCAAGGAGAGUGGCGUAAGAAGAGACUCUUCGUAAAAAAAAAAGAGCACAGCGAGAGACGCGGGACGAAUUCCAGAGCCCUCGGAAAGAAGAGAGAUGAAUUUAAAUGACUUUGUGGUGCUUCCUAACAACAAGGCCAAAUCUGUCAAGCUCAAUUCCAGGAACCUUCAAGAGCUGAAGAUGGAGACGGUGUCGCUGGCCCACAAGAGCAAAGAGAUGGAGGAGAAACUGCAACAGCUGAAGGAGAGCAUGAGUAAAGAGAAGGAGGAGAGAGGGCAGUCUGGAGGGUUUAAGUGGAAGUCUGGACAAAGCAGAUCUUUAAACAGCAAUCCUCUAACAAACAGCACGAAGAAGAACAAGGACAACCGGCUCCAAAAGCUGUCUGCAGGAAAGGUGAAGAUCCGGGUGCUGAAGGAUGAACCUCCAACAGCCCCUCCUCAGCCACCACCGCCACCCUCCACCAUUGGUCUUCAGACAACGAGGAAAAUCAGACUGAGGGGAACACACUGUGGACAAUGUGAGGUCAAGACUGCAGGAAUAAUGUGUGCCGAGUGCUCAGAGGACUACUGCAUCGGCUGUUUUACCAGAUUCCACCAGAAGGGAGCACUGAAGCUCCACAGGAUGAUCCCCAUCCAGACGGAUUUACAGACCCAUGUGAAUGCUCGAGAAGUUGUCAGCUGCUUCCAGAACCAGAUUUACCCUGGCCCCCCUCCCAGUACCUUUGCAAAUCCAAGUACCAACUCAAAACCCACUCCCAAUCAAACUUAUUCAUCCAAUUCAAACACCACACCAGGUGAUCAGAGACCAGGAAAAGGACCAGAUGUUGGGGCACAAUAUAUGCAAUUUCCCCCUGAACACAGCCAGGUUUUGGCCGUUUGUCAAAGAGAGGAGAAAAAGGUGGACAUGAUUGAAGACAGGGAGGAUGGGGAGGGGUUUCCCACCUCUCUUUUGACAGGAGAGUACAAUGAGGAGGAGUCUACGAGAUCUUUUCAGGAAGCGCUCAGACAAUGGAGAGGUGAUGAAGCAGCAGAAACCAUGACUGAGGGGCCAAUGUGGACACCCAUCCGACCAGUAUCCAUGUCAGCUAUGGCGACCCAGGCUGACCUCGCUCCAGUCAAAGGAGCUGAAGGAGGAGGAAGAGGAGAAGGCAGUGUACCUGUCAGGGUGGAGUUCACAGAUAACAGCCUUACCUACAUUGACAGACUCCUUCUCAAGAAACACCGCAGGACGCCGAUUAAAACGUAUUGUCCAUCUUUGGCCUCCGGUACUGAUUCAAAACCACAACCUGACAAAAACACCACGGAGGAGACUGCAUGCUGCCUGACAGCUCAAGAGGAGGAUUUUCAUCGCUACUGUGCAUCAUUGUUUGCCGACCCUGUCAGCAGUGGCAGGCCUGAGCCUCAGAUUACCAAACCUGAGUCUUGCCUUGUCAUAGAAAUCCUGGAUGAGAGAGCGGAAGACAUACAUGGACUUCCUUUUGCUCAACAGAGGACAGACAACAGAAAGGUUCCUUCCGUUCAGCAGCCCCUCAGUAAGGGAACACUGCGGACCCAGACGGCCAUUAUUAACAGCGGAUCCUCAUUAGUCAGCUGCCCUUCUCCCAGUCCAGCACCACCAUCCAGGCAAUCAACAGCACCAACGCCAGCAAAAGCAGCUAAGAAGCUUCAUAUAUCCAAGAUUCACACUUCCCAACCUGAGCAUUUGACAAAAUCAUCGUGCUCUAAGAGCAAGCCAUCAGCAUGCCUCACUGCUCAGACUUCAAAGAUAUCAAUCAAAACACCAACGUCAAAAAAGUCCAGUUUCCCGCCCAACGUCCAUCAAUCAAAACCUGACCUUGGACCAAUUCAACAUUUGUCCUCUCCCUCACCAGCACAUUCCCAAAUUGAGAUCCCGAAACCCUCCCGCUCCCCUGUCUUGUUUCCGCCUGAUGUUUCUCCUGUGAAAAGUACCAGACCUCCAAUCCUAGAACACCGUCACUCCCCUUCUCCGUCCAGAUCCUUCUCUGUAAGGUCUACAUUCACAGUCUCACCAUCAAGCUCCACUGAGUCAACCUUAUUGCCUAAGGUUAACCAUUCAACUCCAACACAAAAGGGCUCAGACGUAUCUCUGUUGUCCGAACAGACCCAAUCUUCCCAGUUGUUCUCAGAAACAAUCUCAUCACCGAAGCUUUCCCAAUCAUUCCGAAGUAAUCAGGAGUCCUCAAGGCAAUCCCAACAUUCCCGCUGUGACCCCGAGUCCCUGCUAUCUGACAAUCAACUCCAGCUGCCCCUAGGGUCAUCCAGUUCAACCCCCCAACCAAAAUAUCUUGCACAAAGUCCACCUGUGAGAUAUUUACUAAACAAGUCUCCUGAAGAUGCAUUUUCUCGUCUUGGACAAACUCCAACAACAGAGGAUUCUUCAGUCUUGGUUUCCCCAACCCCUACUUCUGUGGACCAUGAAUCAGCUCUGGAUACACCUCCAUUACAUUUCAUAGAUGGCAUCCACAAUUAUCUUUCAAAUGUGAAACAGGAGGAGGAGGAGGAGGAGGACGAGGAGGAGGAGGAGGAGGAGGAGGAGGAGGAGCUUUCAAUAGGUAAGUGA